UCUGCUGCAAGAGAAUCCUGGGGCAGUGCAGCCGCUGCCGCCCCGAGAACUUCUCUGUUCAUGAGAGGCUCCGGGCUUUGCAGCCUCUGCUGCCCGUGACCAUGGCCGUCCUCUGCUCGUGAGAGGCCCGGGACAGUGUAGCCCUGCCGCCCCAAGACCUACUCUGCUUGUGAGAGACCCUGGACAGAGAGAAGCCAGGGCCAAUGCAGCCGCUGCCGCCCCGAGACCUGCUCUGCUCGUGAAAGAGGCUCUGGGCAGUGCAGACGCUGCUGCCCGUGACCUCCUCUGCUCGUGAGAGGCCCGAGACAGUGUAGCCCCUGCCGCCCCGAGACCUACUGUGCUCGUAGAAGACGCUCCAGGAUCUGCAGCUCCUGCUGCCUGUGACCGUGCUCCAGCUCAGGAUCCCUCGGAAGGACGCCCGAUUCCUUAGAUGCUGGGAAGUGGUGGAAGAAACCCACUACAUGCUUCCAAGUCUAGAGAACACAACCACACUUUCAGUGUUGGUGUCAUUUGAAGAUGUGGCUGUGGACAUUACCCAGGAGGAAUGGCAGAACAUGGACAAUACUCAGAGGACCCUGUACAGGGAUGUCAUGCUUGAGACCUAUAGCAAUCUGCUGUCCGUGGGGUACUACAUAACAAAACCUGAUGUGAUCUUCAAGUUGGAACAAGAAUCAGUACCAUGGACUGUGGAAAAAUCUGUAAACCAGCAACUUCCAGAUCCUUACAGAAAGAAUGAGCUGCUUAGAACUAAUCAGGAAAAUCAGGAAACCACCUUCAGGCAAGUUGUAAUCACAAAAGUUGUAUAAUAACUUCUAAAAGAGUUGCAUUGCCAAAGAUGCUUAGUUUAAGCUCUGGCCAUAAUUGAAACAUGAUAUGAAAGGGAAAUUCUUAUAAAAAG